UCGGAGGAUCCGGGGCGCUGAGGUACCGGGGCUGGCAGGAGGGGCCGCGGUCCUGGAAGGGGAAGCGCGCGGGCCCUCAGCGGCGCCGCGGCUCAGGGGGGUGGGCCGCGCUUCUGCCUCGGGUACGAGCCGCCCUCCUGCUUCCGGAGGGGCGGCGACCGCCACCGUCUGCGGCUGGCCGGAGGUGGUUGGGGUGGAGGGCAGAGGUUGGAGGUCGUGCCUGUGUGGAAUGUUGGGGUCCCGCCCAUCUAAGCCCAGGAGCGGGCCGCGCCCCGUUUUCUUUUCGUCAGCGCCUGUGUGGGGACCGCCCUCCUUGCACGGAAAGGGCUCAGAGGGAAACUGAGGCCUUGGAGCCGCCGGGGUCCCUGGCGGGCCUUGAGCUCUUGAGCUCAUUUUGGGAGCCGCCGCCUCCCUCCUCCGGGCCGGCGGGUCCGUAGGGCGCGGGCAGGAGGCGGUGGGCGGCACGGUCGCGCCGGGGGGCCCUAGCUGUCCCCGAAGGCGCCGCUCCCCUGGGCUCCGAAGGGCCCCACGCCGGCAGGUCGGAGGCUGUCAUUCACCGCAUUUGAGCUCUCGUUUCUGGAACCUCGCUCGGACCGCUCCGAGAGGGGAAAGCAGUUAAGAAAAUGAGGCAGAAGGAAGUGUUAACCAAGACCUUUCAAGGCCCAGCCAUUGUCUGUAGGACUCCAACCAGCCACGUUUACAUGUUUGAGAACGGUGGUGGGGACUCCGGGGACUCCUCUGAGGAAGAGUCCCACCGUGUGGCUCUGCGGCCCCGGGGCAAGGAGCGCCAGAAGAAGGGUGACCACCACCCUCACCAGCCAGGAGCAGGGGACGUGGUGCUGCUGCAGCGGGAGCUGGCCCAGGAGGACAGCCUCAACAAGCUCGCUCUUCAGUAUGGCUGCAAAGUAAGAAACCCCGCAGGUGAAGGUGCCAUCUGUCCCUCGGCUCCUGCGUGCUCGGAGGAACAGAGCAAUGCCCUGAAGGGUGGAGGCCAUUGCUGCCCCUUCCUGACCCCCCAGAGGUGGUUUGGAGAGGCCUCUUGUAGCCGGAAGGGACUCUCCAAUCUAGCCAGAGAUGGAAGGCAGGUUGCAGAUAUCAAGAAAGUCAACAACUUCAUCAGAGAACAAGACUUAUAUGCUUUGAAAUCUAUUAAGAUUCCAGUGAAAAAUCAUGGGAUCCUUACAGAGACCCACAGAGAACUCAGACCCCUCCUGAGCCCAUCCUCAGAGACCAGAGUGACCUUCGAGGAGCAGCCAGACCCAGAUAGAGCAGCUGUAGGCGCCGGUGCCCUCUCCAGCCCACUGACAGACUUCUUUAAGGGCAUUGACCAGAAUAUUGAGCGCGCGGUGCAGUCAGAAAUCUUUUUAAAUGAAAGUUACUCGGCAGAGACCUCCAAUCAGCCACUGCUCCCGACUUCUCCAAAGACCCCCACGAACGGUGCCGACUGUGGAAUUCAGUGGUGGAAUGCCGUUUUUAUCAUGCUUCUAAUUGGGAUUGUUUUACCAGUUUUUUAUUUGGUCUAUUUUAAAAUACAAGCUACUGGCGAGAUCCCCAGUAGCUUGAACACAACUGCUGUCCCCAAUGGCUCGAUGAGCGUGAGUGCAGUUCCAGGGCAAGCCCCCAGAUUAGCAGUUCCAGUGCCAACUGUCCCCUCUGCAGACAGCCAGUUCAGUCAAACCACCCAGGCAGGGAACUAGCUCUUGUUUCUAAAUAAUCAGGCCAGUGUUAGCAUUUGGCCUCUUAAUGUGGAUCACCUGACAUCGGUCAUAUCCUAGGGUGCUGCCUUUCCUUUUCUAUGACCUACGGACAUGUCUCAGAAGCUGCCGUUGUAUUCUCCAGAACAUUUGACCCUGAGGAAUAGGCUGACCUAAUCCAAGGCUGUGGGAGCCAAAACAUGCGCCCCCCCUGCCAUCCCCCUACAUCCAGAGGUACAGGAAGAGACAUUUGCAUGUGACACAUGCCAUUUCUUGAAGGUAUAUAGUGGACUGGCACUGCAUGGGCCCCCAAGUUGGAAGUGUUUGGAAGUUGAGGAGCAGCAUUGGACCUUCACUGUGGGAGCCUCUGAGGUCAGCUUUGGUCACUUUGCUGUUUGCAGUGUCCUCUGCCGUGACACGUGGUGCUCUUUGUCUCCCUGGCAAAGGUGCUGUCCAGCAGUGGUGAAUAUCACCCUGUUUUGGAGUAUGACCGAAUUAUAAUUAGCUCUAUUUCAUAUUUGUCCCACCAGUUAGCCUUUUUGAGGCAACGUCACUUCUAGGAUCAAAAAAGUCCUGAAUCCGAAUUGCUCUAAUACUGAAUAAAUGGCAGGUGUGUACCUUGUACUUCUAGAACUACUUAGGGGUACACAGGCCUGCUUUAAGCUGCUGCAUGGUAUGGCCAGCACUUCCUGGCUAGAUCAUUUGGAGCUUUUGCUCAGUUUCUUCUGAAGAGCAUCCCCACUGCGGUGGCUAAUCAGAUUACCCAAGUUAGCAUUCUUGGGAAGGAUUCGUGCUGCCCAGUGCCUGGAGCUGAGUAGGUGCAGAGAGAAAGAGGAGUGCCUAUCGCCAAGGUCUCAACAUGUGACACAUCUAAGGCCAAACAGUCAAUGCCAGUCACCAGUCUGGCAUUGCUGAGAGCAGCAGCCCCUUGAGACACUUGGAA